CGCGGCUGAUUGGGGAGUGGUCUCGACAGAGAAACGAGAUAAAAUAACAGCGGAAAUUAGGUAAACAAUGGCCUCAACCGUGUCGACAUCAACGACACAAAUUGCGAUUGAGGAGGCGUUCAUGCAGGAUGCUGCGGUGGCUGCCAUGUUCGAGGAAGAGGGGUCUGUGCUGGUAUGGGUGCAGAUGCAUAGGCGGCAGAUGGAUGAGAUAUAUGUGCUGCUCACUCAGCAUCAACAUGAUAUUCCACCGGAGCUUUUGGAGGAGGUGGAGGAGCUGUCCGAUGGUUGGGAGGAGGAGCUCCAUGAAAACCUCCCUUGGCAAUGCUUGAGUGCCGCUGAAAACGCGCGGGUGAUGGAGGAGUUGGCGGGGUGUGCCAAACUGCUGGGGGAAGUGAAGGGUUCCCUUGUAGAUAUAAGGAAACGGUUGUUGGACGUGGCGCCUGAGGAGGGCCGGGGGCUGCGUUCGUCACCCGGUUAUUGGAGAGAAGAGGACACUCCUGUUUCGGAUGCUUUUCUUGUUGAGGGGAUGGUGACUUGCCGCAAGGAGCCUGAGGAGGGGCAGGGAACUCGCGGUGAAUUGGACAAGCGAUCGUUUGCUGGCGACGAGGAAUGUGUUCGUUUGGAUGAGGGGGCUACAACCAUGCGUGUGAACUAAAUCAAAAACAACAACAACAACAACAACAACAGGGGGCUACAACCAUGCGUGUGAACUAAAUCAAAAACAACAACAACA